AUGCCAAAAUUAAAUUCAUAUUUAAUACCAAAAGAAAACUUAGCGAAAGUAGAGGAAGUUAGAGAAAUAGAAAAUCAAGGACAAAUAACGCCUGAGGAACAGGCAAAUUUAACAGUUAAAAACGAAUAUCCUUCUUAUGAGGAAUUUAUGAAAACUUAUCAGGAGGACGAGAAAGUAAUUGAUAACCAUUAUUAUGAAAUAGACAGUUAUGGUGAUAUUAGACUAAUAGCAAAAGGUGUUAGUUUGACUAUUGGUCCGCUAGCUAUUCCGCUCGGAGUACAACUUAAACAAAUGAGUAAUCCUCCAGCACUGGCUUUACCAACAGCUGCCCUAACAGUUUCAGAAAAACAAGAAAAAGGUAGUGAAUUGGUGGAGAGUGGAGUAGGGGACGCCGCAGGAGAAUUAAUCAAUGAUAUCGGUUUGGGGAUAGAAAGCGAAACCACAAAAAAGGUUUAA